UGCACAAGUGUAUAAAAGUCCUAUCCCACCUGCUGUCUUUUGACUCUUUCAUCUGAAGUCCAGAGUUCAUUCAGUCAAGUUGGGGAAAAAAAGCUUGAGAUGAGCAAGCUCACAAUUCUUGCAGGCUUAUGCCUGAUGUUAUGCUACCUGGGGUCUGCCAGCCGGAUGGAGUGCUACUUCACCAACUGGUCACAGUACAGACCUGGUGAUGGCAAGUUCAUGCCACAUAACGUUGACCCCUUCUUGUGCACCUCCCUCAUCUAUGCCUUCUCCAUCAUUAACUACAACAACGAGCUGGUCACCUAUGAGUGGAAUGAUGACAUACUCUACAAGGCCUUCAAUGAGCUCAAGAACAAAAAUCCUCACCUGAAGACUCUGCUGGCUGUUGGUGGAUGGAACUUUGGUUCUGGACAGUUUUCCAUCAUGGUGUCCACAGCAGCAAACCGACAGAAAUUCAUCCAGUCCACCAUUAGAUUUCUGAGGACUCAUGGAUUUGAUGGUCUGGAUCUGGACUGGGAGUACCCUGGUGCUCGUGGAAGCCCUCCUGAGGACAAGCAGAGGUUCACUCUUCUCUGUCAGGAACUUAUUGCUGCAUAUGAAGCUGAGGCCGUAUCCACCGGAAAACCCCGUCUUAUGCUGACAGCUGCCGUCGCUGCUGGAAAAGGAACCAUCGAUGGAGGAUAUGAGAUUGCUGAAAUUGCCAAGGCCCUGGAUUUCAUCAAUGUGAUGACCUAUGACUUCCAUGGAACUUGGGAGCAGUUCACUGGACACAACAGCCCCCUGUAUCGAGGAUCCUUUGACUCUGGAGACCUUAUCUACUUCAACAUUGACUAUGCCAUGAAGUACUGGAGAGACAAUGGCACGCCACUGGAGAAGCUGAGAAUGGGCUUCGCAUCUUAUGGUCGUACCUUCCGGUUGACAUCCUCAAACACUGGUGUUGGAGCGCCAGCUAAUGGACCCGCAUCAGCUGGACCAUACACCCGGGAAGCAGGGUUCUGGUCCUACUAUGAGAUCUGCACUUUCCUCAAUGGAGCAACAAUGGACUGGAUCACAGAUCAGCUUGUCCCUUAUGCCUACAAAAACAAUGAGUGGGUAGGAUUUGACAACAAGGAGAGCUAUGACAUCAAGGUGCGUUACCUGCAGGAUCAGGGCUUUGGAGGAGCCUUUGUGUGGGCCCUUGACUUAGAUGACUUUUCAGGCAAAUUCUGUGGUGAUGGUCCCCACCCACUGCUGUCUUAUCUGCGCAAGCUUCUUAACAUUGAACUCCCACCACUGCCUUCAACAACCACUCCAAAACCUGGUGCCAGCACCACCACCACAGCCACCACAACAACUACCACCACACACGCUCCUGGAUCUGGCUUCUGCAAUGGCAAACCUGAUGGUCUGUACCCCAAUCCCGAUGAUAAUGCCACCUUCUUCAUGUGUUCUGCUGGAAUCACCCAUCUAACCCAGUGUGGGGCCGGAUCCGUCUAUCAUGACUCCUGCAAGUGCUGUGGAUGGCCUUGAGAGAGAAGAAGGCAGUAUCACUCAGACCGCUAUGUGUGCAACAUUUUUCUAAAUUCGUCUCCCACUAUUGCCCUAUAGAAAAUUUUUAUUUUUGUGGAGUGUGUUGUAAAGAUUACAGUUGAAAAAUAAAACAUAUAUAUUCCAUUUUACUUAAGAUGUGAAAUCAAACAUGUUUUUGUGGCUGGUGAUAAAAGUAUUAGUGGAUCUUUUUCUUCUCUGCAAAAAACAGCUGUGUUUGAA